UGAAGUUAGUUUGGCAGAUGAGAUGUCUAAUAUGUCCACUGAAAUCUGAGAACACUGUAAAACAAAGGCAGUUGUUCGCGUUAGCUUUUGCGAAAAAAUUUUAACCAGUCGAUGUUUAUGUUCAUUUUUUGUCUGAGAGUGGUCACAGACAAUUUUUUACAGAUGCGCUUUUCCAUUGUGGAAUUUACUGAAGAGAAAACAGUAGCUGUUGUGCCCAACAUAUGGAUUGUUGGUGGCAAAUGCUAUUGGCCACCAGGACCUGGCUGCAAAAUGGCAACUGUUCAAAAAGCAAAAGCCCCCAACAAAGACUGGAAAAUGUACAGCAUUGUGGUGAAAACUACCUACAGCACAUAUCAAGAGGCUCGUAGAAAUCUGGAUCAAGCUCAGUACUCUGAUGUUGAAUCUGAGCACCUUCAGAAACGGAAGGUGUCAAAGCCAAGUCGUUACAUCAGCGAUGAUGAAGUGCCCACUUUUCAUUCACACCUCACUGGUUCAAAUGGACCGUCCACAGAUGAACGAAUGGAGAACACUUGUGCAAAUGCUUGCGACGAAUUUCACGAAGGAGGAAACCAGUUGCAAGAGGUUGGCAACCAACAGAAAGGACAGGCAAGCAGCAGCUCACCCUUUUACAAUACGUCAUACUAAGUCUCUCUUUGUUGCCACACUCGGUCAAUGCUGCAUAUUU